UUAAUUGGUUGUCUCUCCAGCGGGCUGCCACCCCUGCAGUCGACGAGGGCUCUCUGUCACCUCGCUCCGGCAGCUUGUUAUGCGUCAGUCCUCCUCACUCCCCGAGUCCAGGUGUCCAUAUGGACAGGAAGGGAAAGAUCUGGACGCCUGCCCUUUCAGCAGAUGAAUGAGCCAAACCCAUAGAGAGGCCGAGGCCCCGCCCGGAGGAACAGCCAUGCCUUCCUUGGAUCACCGCUUUAGGAUAUCACGUCAUCAAAUGCACCAUUGUGUUCUCACGUGACUCCAGCAAUCAAAGCUGCAAUUCAGUACAAAUAGUAUGGGUCUACGCUUUAGCUAGCGGCGGCAUGUUAGCGGAACACAGGUGAGGCCGAUCCCCCUCAAAUACCUCCCCCCUCCUCAGCGACCUCUAAGGGGUAAGCAAACGGCCACACGGGACUUUUCUUUAUGGAAGGGGCGCCCGGAGAGCACCUCUGAUUUCUGCACCCCUUCGCCCCAGCAAUGAGGCUGGACCACGGCCCCGGCCGACGCCCAUAGGGGCGGAUCCCCAAAGGGGCGGAUCCCCAAAGGGGCGGAUCCCCAUAGGAGGCGGACCCCCGACCAGCAAUGCAGCGCAACGGCGGCGGCGGCGUGGCCGGCGGGCAGCCGUGGGUGCUGCGGCGCAUUCGCCUCACCUGGCUCAGCUUCAUGCUCUUCUUCAUCCUGGUCUUCUUCCCGCUCAUCGCCACAUACUACCUCACCACCAUCGACGAGGCGGUGGGGCCCGACAAGCGGCUGUUUGGGCCGCGGCCCGGCGGCGAGCUGUGCGAGGCCAAGCACGUGCAGGACCUGUGCCGCAUCCGCGAGUCGGUCAGCGAGGAGCUGCUGCAGCUGGAGGCCAAGCGGCAGGAGCUCAACGGGGAGAUCGCCCGGCUCAACCUGCGCAUCGAGGCGUGCAAGCGCAGCAUCGACAGCGCCAAGCAGGACCUGCUGCAGCUGAAGAACGUCAUCAGCCAGACGGAGCACUCGUACAAGGAGCUGAUGGCCCAGAACCAGCCCAAGCUCUCGCUGCCGGUGCGGCUGCUGCCCGACAAGGACGACCCGCCGCUGCCGCCGCCCAAGUCGCCGCGCGCCUGCCGCCUGCGCUCCUGCUUCGACUACGCCCGCUGCCCGCUCACCUCGGGCUUCCCCGUGUACGUGUACGACCGGGGCGCCUACGCCUGGGCGGAGCGCAUCGACCCGCUGGUGCGGCAGGCCUUCGAGGCGGCGGUCAAGACGAACAUCUACGUGACGGCGGACCCCAGCGUGGCGUGCCUGUACCUGGUGCUGGUGGGGGAGCUGCAGGAGAACGCCUCGCCACCGCCGCCGCCGCCCGCCGAGCUGGAGAAGCAGCUCAAGGCCCUGCCCUACUGGCGGGCCGACGGCCGCAACCACCUGCUGCUGCACCUCUCACGGCAGUCGGUGACGCAGAACUUCCUGUACAACGUGAGCACGGGGCGGGCGGCCGUGGCCCAGGCCACCUUCCUGGAGCGGCAGUACCGCGAGGGCUUCGACCUGGUGGUGUCGCCGCUGGUGCACGCCCUCUCGGAGCCCAACUUCCUGGAGAUCCCGCCACAGGUGCCGGUGAAGAGGAAGUACCUGUUCACCUUCCAGGGGGAGCGGCUGGAGUCGCUCCGCAGCAGCCUGCAGGAGGCGCCGCCGCAGUCGUUCGAGGAGGAGAUCGAGCGGGACCCGCCGGCCGACUACGACGACCGCAUCAUCGGCACCCUGAAGGCGGUGGCGGACAGCCGCCUGGACCAGGUGCUGGUGGAGUUCACCUGCAAGGCCCCCCGGGCCAGCCUGCCCACCGAGUGGGCGCUGUGCGGGGAGCGGGACGAGCGCCUGGGCGUCCUCAAGGUCUCCACCUUCGCCCUGGUGAUCGUCCCCGGCGACGGGCAGCUGGUGGCCUCGGCGGGCUGCGGCAUGCGGCUGUUCGAGGCGCUGGAGGCGGGCGCCAUCCCCGUGGUGCUGGGCGACCACAGCCAAGCUGCCGUACACCAGCACAUCCGCUGGAGCGAGGCGGCCAUCGUGGUGCCCAAGCCCCGCAUCACGGAGCUGCACUUCCUGCUGCGCAGCCUGUCGGACAGCGACCUGCUCAACAUGCGGCGGCAGGGCCGCUUCCUGUGGGAGGCCUACUUCUCCACGGCGGAGAGCGUGCUGAGCACCGUGCUGGCCAGCGUGCGCACCAGCCUCCAGGUGCCGGCCGCGCCCAUCCGGGAGGAGCACGCCCGGGAGAUCCCCCACAAGGCGGGCAAGCUGGCGGGCACGGACGCCAACCUGGCGGACAACGGCGACCUGGACCUGGGCCCCGUGGAGACGGAGCCGCCGUACGCCUCGCCCCGCUUCCUGCGCAACUUCACCUACACGGCGUCGGACGUGUACCGGGCGUGGAACCGGGCGCCGGGGCCCUUCCACCUCUUCCCGCACACGCCGCUGGACCCCGUGCUGCCCUCGGAGGCCAAGUUCCUGGGCUCGGGCACGGGCUUCCGGCCCAUCGGCGGCGGCACUGGCGGCUCGGGGAAGGAGUUCCAGGCGGCGCUGGGCGGCAACGUGCCGCGGGAGCAGUUCACGGUGGUGAUGCUGACCUACGAGCGGGAGGAGGUGCUGAUGAACUCCCUGGAGCGGCUCAACGGGCUGCCCUACCUCAACAAGGUGGUGGUGGUGUGGAACUCCCCCAAGCCGCCCUCCGACGACCUGCUGUGGCCCGACAUCGGCCUGCCCAUCGUGGUGGUCCACACGGAGAAGAACAGCCUGAACAACCGCUUCCUUCCCUGGGACGCCGUGGAGACGGAGGCCAUCUUGUCCAUCGACGACGACGCCCAUCUCCGCCAUGACGAGAUCAUGUUCGGGUUCAGGGUGUGGCGCGAGGCCAGGGACCGCAUCGUAGGCUUCCCGGGGCGGUUCCACGCCUGGGAUCUCAACCACCAGUCGUGGCUGUACAACUCCAACUACUCCUGCGAGCUCUCCAUGGUGCUGACGGGCGCUGCUUUCUUCCACAAGUACUACGCCUACCUGUACUCCUACGUGAUGCCCAUGGCCAUCAGGGACAUGGUGGACGAGUACAUCAACUGUGAGGACAUCGCCAUGAACUUCUUGGUGUCCCACAUCACCCGCAAACCACCCAUCAAGGUGACGUCUCGCUGGACCUUCCGCUGCCCCGGCUGUCCGCAGGCGCUGUCGCACGACGACUCGCACUUCCACGAGCGCCACAAGUGCAUCAACUUCUUCGUCAAGGUGUACGGCUACAUGCCGCUGCUCUACACCCAGUUCCGGGUGGACUCGGUGCUCUUCAAGACGCGCCUGCCCCACGACAAGACCAAGUGCUUCAAGUUCAUCUAGCCGGCCCCGCCCCCCCCCUGGACCCCGGGGGGGCGGGGCAAACACGGCUCAGCGCCUGAGGUUUCCACCGCCGUCGAAAGCACACCAGAAGUACACGUACGUGCGUGUGUUAAAGGCCUUGACCUGAAGGCAUAGACGAGGGUUCCUUUUUAUUUCACGAAGCCGUUGCUUGAACUGUGCUCUAAAAAAAAGGCCAACUGAAAAAGACAACGGGCGAAACUACCUAAAGUCAAAACUGCUACACAGGAAGCCAACGCUGGGGGAGGAGCAAAGGAAAGCACGUCUGUCUGUUGUGAUUUGUCCCCCCCCCCCCCCCCCCACCCUACUAUCAACCACUACAGAUCUCAUCCGCACCACUUAAGACGCACCGAUGGGCAGCGAACGCUCUGUUGAUGUCCGGUGGCCCGCUGCCACAUGGGAGGGCCCCACCAGACAAACCACCAAACACUGGCGUUAAUCGCUGACGGAACGGACUGACUGAUGGCGGCAAUACGUUGUGUCGGCCCCCCGCUGGAAACAUUUCCAUUUGGGAGAAGGAAACGGUGUGAUAGGCAGUCGGUUGCUAUUGCACUUAAUUCACCCCCCACCCCAUCUUAGAUCUACAUACUGAACUUAAAUGUUGUAUAGGAAACGAGAGAAGCACUGAUGGUCAGAGGUAUUUUAUUGAACAUUGAAUUGAAUAAUUUUUUUUGUAUGGUGUUUAUGUAUAAUUAUCUCAAUCUUUAUGUGGAAGAAUGACAUUUUCCCCACCACGACCACCCAGAGCUGUGCGUUCUACAUUACACAGAUGGACUAUGUGUAAUGUAAAAAUGACAAAAGGGGACGAACAGACAUGAACGCCCAAUAGUCUUAUUUGUUUUCCUACAUGGUCCUGAGAACAUAUGCUAAACUAGUAUUAGGAAAGAAAUAAAAUCCAUUUCACCUUCUUGCCCAGCCUAAAAAGCUAACUUCAUUUUAAAUCAUGUUAGCAUCCUAGGACGAGACACUAGGUCUCUGUCAAUCAAUAUUAUCGUUUUGAUUCCUAAGUUAAUAUACGUAUAUAUAAUGGGACAGUUUCUCUCUGGACUACAGCCCUUAAGUCGCACGCCUGGCAAGAUGAAAGCAGUCAACACUAAAAGAUAUAUAUUCAAACAAUUAGCGGUUAGAUAUGAGACACUCAGAAGCAGAAUCGUCACUUUACAUGGUCGGGAUUCCUUUUUGUAAUUGUUUUUAUACGCCAUUGCUCAAUGAAUGUUUUCUUUGCCAAAUAGGUACGCCAUUUGUUGGUACACAAUGGAUUUUGAUCUGGGUACUCGAUGUGAACGUUUUUUCUAUGUCUGUAAGCAGAAGUCCGGUACAGCUCCUCUGGUACAGUGUGCUGGUGCCCCCCCCCCCCAGGGGCCCGCUGGCUCCUUCACCGUAGCAGAACGAGGCCCCGCCCACUCCACCCUAAUCGGUUGUAGUCCCAUCUUCAAGAGGCCCUAUGGAUCAUGUGACUUUUUAAACUACAAGACUUGUUUUUUUUUUUAAAAACCCUAGAGCCCAUAGUGUCUGUAUAUUUCGUGAAUUUAUUUAAAAAAAACGGAAAGGAAUCUUAACUUGGAAGAUUCCCUCUGCAAGAAAAUAUUAUUUUCUUUAAAUAAAACAAACACAUGCAAUACUACAAAAUGAAUUUGCAAUACUUAGAAAUAGUUCCUAUUCUCCUGUGUGUAUCCCUUGAGUUGACGGCACCCCCUCUGUGCAAUUAAUUGAAGCGCCAUGGAAAACCGUUCUCGCCCUGUGCUCUGGGAAAUGUGGCAAGACGACAGACAUGCCCAAAAAAGGGCUGGCUUCCUGCAGGACCACACUCCAUAAAACAAGUCUGGUCUUCGCUUAUAGACGACACAUCCUGACCCCGCCCCCCCCCCCGUUGACGAUCUAUUACUUGGGUUGCUCCGGGGAGCUCGUUAACGCCGCCAUCCUCAGGCCUGGGUCUAGGGGUCAUGAUGUCAUAAAAAGGUGCAAUUGAUCUUAUCUCCCCUAAGCAUUUCGUUCUUUACUGUCCUGCUUCUUGCUCCAAAAGGAAUGGUGGCACAGCUGGUUUUCCAUGGCUGCGAGCCCUGGAGGGAGAGGGGGUUUGGGGUUAGAGGGCCACAGACAUUCUGUAGAGUGUGGAGCUGGGACAGCGCUGCCCAGAGGCUGUAUCCACGGCUCUGAGGGAGGGGGGGGGGGGUCCACCUGUAAAGGCACUGCCCUGCCACUGCAUCAUGCCAGCCUGAUAUGGAAAGUGUAACAAACACGCCUAAAAAAAGCCUGGAUGAAAUGAAAUUAAACAAAAGAACUUGAACCUU